AUGGCGGAGGAACCGGAGGGGAACAACCGGCUCCUGCAGGACGUGCUGGUUAGACCGGGGAACGGGACAUGUGCAGACUGCGGCAAUCCAGAACCGGAGUGGGCCUCUCUGACUCUCGGUGUGUUUGUGUGCCAGGCCUGUUCGCUCCUCCAUCGCAGCAUCCCUCACAUCAGCCGGGUCAAAUCUGUCCAGGAAACGUGGGAUGCCAAUGAGGUGGAGUUAGUCGCUUCCACUGGAAACAAUGCAGCCAAGGCCAAAUAUGAGCAGAAGGUUCCUGCUUUCUACUACAGACCAAUACACUCCGACUGCAAGAUGCUGAGAGAGCAGUGGAUCAGAGCCAAGUACGAGAGGAACGAGUUUGAGUUUAUCGAAAAGCAGGAGCCUUACUCUGCAGGGUACAGAGAGGGUUUUCUGUGGAAACGAGGACGAGACAACGGUCAGUUCCUCAGCCGAAAGUUCAUCCUGUCGGAGAGGGAGGGGGCGCUGAAGUACUUCAACAAGCAGGACGCCAGGGAUCCCAAAGCGAUGAUGAAGAUCGAGACCCUGAACGCCACCUUCCAGCCGGCUAAGAUUGGAAACCCGUGUGGUUUGCAGAUCACCUACCUGAGAGACAACAGCACAAGGAACAUCUUCGUCUACCACAGCGAUGCUAAGGAGAUGGUGGACUGGUUCAAUGCUAUCAGAGCGGCCAGGUUCCAUUACCUGCAGGUGGCCUUUCCCGGAGCCAGUGAUGAGGAGCUGGUGCCUAAACUGACCCGAAGCUUCAUGAAGGAAGGAUUUAUGGAGAAAACCGGUCCAAAGCACACAGAGGGCUUUAAGAAGAGGUGGUUCACCAUGGACGACAGGAGACUCAUGUACUUCAAAGACCCUCUGGACGCCUAUGCCCGUGGAGAGGUGUUCAUCGGCAGUAAGGAGAACAGCUACACGGUGCUCUCCGGGCUGCCCUCCUCCACGCAGGGACACCACUGGAGCCACGGCAUCACCAUCGUCACGCCCGACAGGAAGUUCCUGUUCGCCUGCGAGACCGAGGCCGAACAGCGCGAUUGGAUAUCGGCCUUCCAGAGGGUCAUCAACCGACCAAUGAGGCCGCAGGAAUACGCAGUGGAGGCCCAUUUUAAACACAAGCCUUGAAGACUGCAGGAAGACGAAACUCAGCGAAGUCUCAUCAGAUCAGAGACAAUCCCAACGUGUGACCUGAGACCAUGUGGGGAUAAGAAAAUGAAAAUAUAGAGACAAAGGGACUGGAGCCUAUCUGUGUGAAGAAAACUUGAACUCAAAUGGGACUGAAUGGGUAGAUGAUGUCAUCACUACGCGCCUACCAAACUCGUGCUAAACAUUACCAUCCCACCUUUCCUCAGCCAUCUGGAUCAUUCCCUUUCUCUCGUCUGGUUCAUCCUACCUGUAAUCUAAUGUAAUUAUGUAAUCUAGAGUCAUUUCACUGGUUGCUUAUAACAAAGACAAUGCAUUGUUAAUUUAUUGAAUGUACAGUUUUGAUGACAGUGGCUUAAAAUGUGUGUGUGUGUGUGUGUGUGUGUGUGUGUGUGGAGUUUUCUGUUGAGGAUGCUGUGAGGUUGAACCUCUGGCACUGAGACCCUGUUAAAAAACCUGAAUCUACAAAGUGCUGUUAACAACAAUUAUGCAUAAAAACACACACCUGAAAUCUCUCAGUGAUCACCGUGGCUGUUAAGGUGGCCGAAGGGUUCUUUAAAACCUCCAUGUUCUCUUAUUUAUUCGUACCGUCGGACAUAUCAUCGUUGUUGCUGCUUUUAAAAAGGAUUGUAAUGUGACAGGAUUGUAAUUUAUACAACACUUCUACUCUGCAACUGGUUUGUUUGACCAUCUGGUUUUGAAGACACGUUGUUGUGUUGAACCUUAAAUCACAGUGACAAGUUUGUUUCAUUAUAAAAAAACUUAACAUGAAUACAGAUGAAGCUGAAAUCAA